CUUUCUCUAUUCCUCUACUUUCAUUCCUUUAUUUUCUGCAUUCAUCUUUCAUUUACCGCUCUGCUCUUCUCAAUCCCUGUUACUAUUCAGCAAGUUUUUUCUAUUUUCAAUUGUAUUAUGGAUUCUGUUUUUUUUUUUUUUUUUUUUAAUUAUUUUUUUAUUUUUUGAAAUCUCAUGGAUUCUGUAUUUUGAGCUCUGAAAAAUCAAUGAAUUUUAAUGAAUUGACGAGUCUUUGAGAGAUUGGAAGGUUUCAAUUCGGUCCUCCGAAACUGCAUUUUCAUAUACAACAGCUAUAUCCUAAAAUUAAGUGGCUUUACCUAGGCAGGACUUGGGAGGAUCAAAAGUACCAACCUUACCCUCUUAUUAUAACCAAUAGGUUGUUUCCAAUUGCCUUCUUAGUGAAUGAUCCUAUCCAACCUUAUUAUAACCAAGAUGUUGUUUCCGAUUUGGGAGGGCUGGUUAGGGUUCAAGCUGCUCAGAUUUGGAUCACUUUAGCUAUUGUUAUUAGUUUAAUACUUCAUAGAUUAUGUUUUUGUUAUGCAUUAUUACAAAGACUAUUUACAUAAUCCAUCUUAUUCAAUUGCAUGAAGAUGGUGAGUGAUAGCUGUAUUUUUAUCAUCAUGAUUUGUUGUGGAGAUAAUAUUUUGACUUCUGCAUCAUAGAUUUCUGGCUGUUAUGAAAGUAUCUGAUAGGGACUGAUAUCAAAUGGUGGUAAUGAUCAAUGAAACUGUAUUCUAGUGUGAAUUUUCAUGAUGAGUUCAUUGUGUCAAAGGAACCAACUGAACUAAAAGCUUAAGCCGAUGGUUGAGGCAUCAAAAUAUGUUUUAUAUUUUAGCAUGUCCCUUCAUACGAGGCCCUUUGGGCUAGAAGUGUGGAUGCAACACAUGUGUGCUAAAUAUUCAGGUUUAUAUAUUCAGGUUUAUACUAACACAUUGUAAUGAAGCUUCAAUUUUUCGAACUUAUGUUUUUCUCAACAAUUUUUCUAUUGUCAUCUUUCCUAGUAGUAAUAGUAAUGAUUGGGAUGAAAUUUUGAAGACCUUUUUUUUUUUAGUAAGACAGAUUGAUCAUAACCUUGUCAGUUGUCACAUAGUGUUCCUAAGUUAAUAGUUCAUUACCAUUUUCACUAUUAAUAUUGCUAACUAGUUUGUUCAUUCUAUUUGUCCAUAAUUUCUCUGAGCUUAUCGUUUAUUCUUUUUUUGACAAGUGACCUUAACAUUCGACGUAAAAUCCAUUCCAAUGCAUUAUGAGAGACGUGGUAUUAGGCGGUAAUGGAAAUUUGUAAACAAAAAAAUUUUUUUGUGAUCAAAGUUUCAUUACCAUGAACUUUUGAUGAAAUUUUACACUAUAAAUCACUCCCAUUAUCACUAUUUAGUACCACUAACCAAACGAGUCAUAAAGGUUUUCUUUUAGAAAAUCACUUAACUUUGAGGAUGAAUUGAUUGCACUAUUUCAAAAUCAAUGUGUAUCGAAAUUCGGAUGGUGAUAAGUUGAUUGGCAUGAUUUUGGGAUUUUAUUAGCUAUGUGAUUUAUUAUGGGUUUGUUUCAAGAAACUUUUUCAUUUGAAUUCUUAUAAUAUUCCAAGAGCUGACUUCAAGCUAUUUGAGUAUUCCCCAUUAUAAUAAAUUAUGUGCGCUUCUUAUUUACCCCUUCAGGUUGCUAAUGCGGUUUGCUACCAAGUAUCAAUCGGAAGCAACCUUUGUUUUGACCCCCAAAUAUGGCGUAGAUGGGAGUCUGUUAAUGGCAUUGUGGUCAUGUUCUUACUUGCUAUGAGGAGCCUUUGGUUCGCGAUUGUUACUUGGAUGCAGCUUUUUGGAGCUGUAGUUAGCUGGCACACAAAUAUGUGUUGGUGUUUUAUUCUGUGGACAGUGAGCAUCACAACUUUCCCCAUAAGAGCUUGGUGUGCACUCCGAAGGGAAAAAAUGAUGGAGAGGGUCCUCCAGCAGCUGCAAGUUGAUCUAGAGAACCUCUCUUGGGAUUAUGACAAGCUAGCAGCACAUCUGAAGUUGGCCAUCGAGGAACAUCAUCUCAUGGAGUCAAUGUUGGCUGAAUUAGAAACAGAGCAUGACAAAGCUAUCAAUAAAAUUGAAUUCCUCGAGGAAAAGGUAGAGCACCUGAAAAAUGAGAAUUUAAGUCUGAAGGAAAUUGAGACCAAAGGAAUCUGGGAUACAACACACAGGACCAAAACUGAAGACAGGCAAACGACAAGUAUUGGCAAAAAUAAUGGCCAUGAUGAAUCCAGCAAAAGUGGAGACGACAACUUGCUAGAUGACCUUUUGUUGCAAAAAAGAUCUUGGUCCAGCAACAAACAUCGGAGAUCCGCAACAAAUCCUGCUGGACUCUUGGACCCACUAACACCACUCAUUUUCUCAGGUGACAUUAAUACCGAUGCGGCCCUUGAUCACCGAAGGGAGGCUGCAUUAUCCCAGACUCUUUUUAGUGCACUGUUAUCUCUUUUGGUCGGAGCGACUAUCUGGGAAGCUAAAGACCCUUGCAUGCCCCUCGUAAUGGCUCUCUUUGCAGUAGUUGGCUUGUCCUUACGAAGUGUUGUGCAAUUCUUCUCGACCAUUAAGAACAGACCGGCUUCUGAUGCUGUUGCACUUUUAAGCUGUAACUGGUUCAUUCUCGGAACACUUUCUGUUCCUGCAUUUCCGAAGGUUGCCCGUAUGUUGGCUCCGGUUGUUGCCACCUUUCUACAAGGGACUCUUGGUCUAGAGUCCUUGUAGUAGGGCACGGUGGUGGGUUCUAUAGGAGCCAAUUCAUAUGAUAUAUAAAUUCAUGGAUUGUCUCUUUUAUAGGGAAGUCUAUAAUUAAGGUCCAUUAACGUGGGGUUUUCGUGUGUCUCGCUUUUUACAAGUGGUUUCUAUAGAAGUUGUCUUGAGUUGUAAAUAUAUUUUCUUUUUGGUUUUCGCCUUUUUCUUGUACACUCGUAACUUUGGUUUUGCAUAGUGCAAUCGGUUCCUACCAAAGCUGGAUACUUUUUUAUAGUGCUAUUCCAUAAAUAUUGUUAUCUACUUUUAUAAGUAUAUAUUGAAAUAACUUAUAUUAUAUUUUA